AUGACUGAUCCAGUUCCAGAAACAGUUGAGACAUUAUCAUCAGGGAUAUAUAGUAACCUGAUCACAUCAAUAAUUCAAGAUAUAGUCGCAAGAGAGACUGCAAAACAGAGACUUUUGAACUCGCGAUAUCCGAACUUGAUUCCAUAUGUUCGUGAUGACACAGGACAAAUAGAUAUUAAUGGUAAUCCCAAGACACAGGAAUCGUCCAAAUAUUUUACCUGUAAAAAUUGUGGUAGAGAGAUAUCUGCAAACAGAUUUGCUGCUCAUUUGGAACGUUGUUUAGGUAGAGGGGGUAGGCGAUGA